AUGGACGAAGAUGCAGUGCGUUCGUCUUUUAUAUCGCAGGAUACCCAUAGUUCGCUUUUGCUCAUGAACAAAAGCCAUUCAGACGCUUCGUAUGGCCCAGUAUCAGGAGAGACCCCUGUGAGAUGGCAGACGGGGAACAGGGAGUUUCAUUUCAAUAGUAACAGUACGCCAUCUAAAGGAACGGAUGCUCCGCUUGAAGACCCCGCUAGAAAACUGUUACGCAAACGGAGGAUUGUUAGGAACACCUUAAGCGGAGCCAAGCCCAGACUUCGUUCUAAGCUUUCAGGUUCGGCGGCAAAGCUUGAUUUGCUCGAUGAUCAAGUGCUAACCAGCCUGCCCAUUCCGCCUCCCAAGGAGAAGCAUUACAACGCGACCGAGAGCCAUGUGAACGAGGUUCAAAUGCGCAUUCACAAGGAUAACAGGCGAAUUAGCAUUGCACCCAAGCGUCAGCAUUCUGAGGCAGAGUCUGCUCAUCCAAUAGUUUUGGUUGAAGAUUACAUCCCUCAAGAUCCAAGUCAGCUCAGAUUUGCCAAGAAUAGGGUAUCCGUAUCAGAUCUCAAAAGCAAGAUCAGUAAAAGCAAGAUUUCGAGGCUUCCUAUUAAACUAAAGGAUAACAGAAGUGCUUCAGCUGCUUCUUCGCUUACCUUGACGCCUCACAUCAAUGAUGAUGAUUCGUUUGCGAACAUGGGCAUGAUCAGCGAGGACGACGAAUGCGUAGAAAACCAAAACCUAGCAUUCGACCAGCAUUCGACUGAAACCGGGAAAACUGCUGUGGCUGACAUCGAGCACCUACUGGAAGGUGUGUUGAAACCGUCUUUCAGGGGAAGUAAAGACGAGUAUCUGCAAGCUUUUAAUCUUGAGGAGAAGAUCAAGGGUUGUGUUAUUUGCGAAAAGCCCCUGUAUGAAAUCAGCACUCUACUGGAGGGGCGCCACUUUAGGGAAAUUGUGUGCUCAAGUUGCACACUGCGAUAUGAAGAGACGGCCAAAAUACUAGAGGACUACGAAUUCGAAACUUCAUAUGACUCUAUCGAUAGUUCGAGAGAUUGCAGUAUAAAUUCUGAAGAUUUACUUGAAGAAACUGAACCAGCGAUACCCAUUGCAAACAAAAGGUUCAAGGCAAAUACCUUUUCCCCACAUUUAAUUAAUAGACUGCAACUGCAGAUACAAAACAUACCCGAAAAAGAGAAGAGUCGCGAUGAGCACACCGUGGAUUCCAAGACAAUGUUAUGGUUCAUCGAAGCGAAAAGGAAACUGAGAUGGAGGUGGCGGGUGAACGGAUUGAUUCCCCAAUUUCUUGCUGGAAAGAGAAAUAUUUGA